AGAAAACUUGUGAGGCACUCAUCAAACUUUUGGAUGUUAUGUUUUCAAUCAUUUCUAUUGAAAUAAUAAUGUUAGUUGUUUGAGUUUUAUAUCGAUCCUUCAUCAAUCAUCAUGGUUAGAAUAAUCAAGCCAGAGAUAUUAUGCAUGUUAAGCCAGUUUUAUCUGGUAUUACUUUUUCUCCCUUUUCUUUGUCGUAAACAAAUAAAAUUGAAAUUGAGAUUCUAUAGUUGCCAAAGUGUUGGUGGUCUGAUGGUAGUACAAUGGGGUUGGUUUCCUUAUAAUAAAUGAUUACUUUCACUGUUUCACAUCAAUUUCUAAAUGCUAACUUCGGCCUUAUAAAACAUUAUGGAUGUAAGAUCCUGAAUUUUUAUGAUAAUCAGUUUUUUGAUAAAUUAACCGUUUGUAUAGUUAGUUAGUUUUAUGUUUUUGGGGAUUCGGCUUGUUUUCAGCCGACUUAUGUCUCAAAGGAAUGUCUUAUUCCCUUUGGCUUACUAGUUUUCUAGGAGUUUGGUAUAACUCGCUAGCUUUGGAUUCCAUAUCUUUAUGACUUAGGUUAUAAAUCAAUGGAUCUUACAGCGAAAACAAUAUUCUCUUAUACACAAACCAAUAACCACAGAUAUAUUAUCAUCUAUUAUAUGUUUUUGGUCGGGGUCCACUGCCCCAUGUAAUCCCACUAUCAAAAGUUCGAGUCGUGUUUGAGACUUUGAGUAGCCUACGAAGGUAGCACACCAACUUGCCCAAGUGGUUCUCGGCGGCGUACUAGAAGUUUAAAACCACACCAACAACUCAAAAUAAUCCAAACUCUCCAAUAACAAGAAAAAUAAUAAUGGAAGAGAGAAAAGAAAAGAGAAUAAUCAUGUUCCCUUUACCAUUUCCAGGACACUUCAACCCGUUGGUCCAACUGGCCAGAAUAUUCCACCACCGCGGCUUCUCCAUCACGAUCAUCCACACCUCUUUCAACUUCCCUGAUACUACUCACUACCCAAACUUCACUUUUCGAACCAUACAUCACCACAACGAAGGAGAAGAAGAAGAAGACCCUCUAUCUAAACCGGAUGCUUCAGGUAUGGACCUCGUCACAUUCAUUCGUCAGCUGAGAGAAGGUUACGCGAACCCGUUUCGUGAGUCUCUGAAGGCGGAAGUAGGUGGAGGAGAGAGGGCGUGUUGUCUGGUGUCCGACGUUGUUUGGGGUAGGACCACGGAGGUUGCAGCGGAAGAGGUUGGGAUUAGAAGGAUGGUGUUAACCACAAGUGGUGUGGCGUCUUUUUGUGCUUUUGCCGCUUACCCUCUCCUUAGAGAUAAGCAUUACCUCCCUAUACAAGAUUCUAGAUUGGAUGAGCUAGUGACGGAGCUUCCACCUUUGAGAGUGAAGGAUCUUCCAGUCAUGGAAACGAAUGAGCCGGAGGAACUAUACCGGGUAGUUAACAACAUGGUGGAAGGAGCCAAGUCUUCUUCAGGAAUCAUAUGGAACACAUUCGAAGAUCUUGAAAGAAUCAUCGUACUCAUGAAUUUUAGUACCGAGUUUCAAGUUCUCGUCUUUCCGGUCGGACCGUUUUACAAACAUAGCGAAAAUAUUUUACCGACGACAAAGAACAAAGAAGACCAUGUAACAACUGAUUGGCUCAACAAGCAAGACCCGCGGACUGUGGUCUAUGUGAGUUUUGGAAGCCUUGCAGAUAUAGAGGAGAAGGAGUUUCUCGAGAUUGCUUGGGGUUUAAGAAAUACUAAACAGCCGUUCUUGUGGGUGGUUAGGCCGGGGAUGGUCCAAGGGACUGAAUGGCUCGAGUCAUUGCCUUGUGGGUUUUUGGAAAACAUUGGUCAGAAGGGGCAAAUUGUGAAAUGGGUGAAUCAGUUAGAAGUAUUAGCGCAUCCUGCAGUAGGAGCGUUUUGGACACAUUGUGGAUGGAACUCAACGCUAGAGAGCAUAUGUGAAGGUGUUCCAAUGAUAUGUACGCCAUUUUUUACAGACCAGCGUGUGAACGCGAGGUACAUUGUUGAUGUGUGGCAGGUUGGGAUGAUAUUAGAGAGAAGUAAGUUGGAUAGGAAGGAAAUUGAGAAGUUAUUAAGAAAGGAAAUGGGAGAGGAAAUAAGAGAGAGCUGCUUGAAGUGGAAAGAUAGAGCUAAUGUUUGCUUAAGUAAAGAUGGGUCUUCUUCCAAGUACUUAGAAAAACUUGUGAGUCAUGUCUUUUGACUCAUAUGCUUUUGCAAGUUAAAAGCUUUUACAAACGAGCAAUGUUUUAUAAAAUUUCUAAACCAAACUUUUGCAUGUUUUAUUUACUCUUAAAAUUGUAAUAUUGGUUCGUUUGUUAUAUAUAUAUCAACAAACAAAUAAAAUUAGACUGAGUUGUUGGGU